AUAAGCGGUGAGCUGAUGAUCCUGAAGUUCGUCAUUGGUUGGUUCAAAAAUAAAGGCGAUUCAAGCGCUUAACGGCUUGAACUACAGACCAAAUUUGUGUUGCUUUGAGAACGGACGGCCUCGGUGAGUUGUCGAAUAACACAUAUUGACACUAUGGCGGACAGCGAAUCCAAUGAUCGCUACGAGUUUGAUGCCCCGUCGCACGUAGUGGACCUGCUAACGUUAGCACAGCAGAAUGCUGAGACCGAGGACAAGUGGUUUGAGGAACAGAGCAGUGGGGCAGGUAGCCACCUUAUUACGCCUCUGAGGAACAGCAUAGCCUUCAAGAGCAGCCAUGACCUGGACCUGCCCCGAGCCAUCGUAGCCCCCCAGGUCAAGGUGGACAACCCAGCUCCUAGUCCACCCCCAUCUCCACCUGCUAACCUGGUCACAUCCUGGGCUGCUGGUUCUCCGGCUCGCACUGGUGCACGCCCAAAGAGGACCUCUAACCCCCCCCCAGCACAGCCUCGCAGGGUUUCAAAGCGGUAUUUCAAAGAGGUGUCCAGUGGUCCCGCUCCACCGUCAAAGAAGAACAGGAAAACUCCUGAACCUUGCAAGUCCACCAGUGUCCUCCGCCGCAGUAACGGCCUGCAGAACAGCAGGACUGCGCCUAAAAGCCAGACGGCAGCUCCAUCUACUUCAAACACAGAGCCAUGCAGCUCAGAAGAUCAGGAGAUGGAGCGCAUCAGGACCCUGCAGAAGGAAGUGGCUCUGCACCGGAAGCAGAACGAGGCCAGCUACAAAGCGGCUCUGGCUGGCAACCCACCACCAAAGAAGAUGGUCCUGUCGUCGACGGUGCCCAAAGAGUUCCACUUCAACACAAACUCUCGUCACAAGGCCAGCGCUUCAUCCACCGUCACACUGAAGGAAGUGGACUUUAUCAGCCAGCUGCGUAAACCCUCCUCCCCUGUAAAGGCUCUGAAAGGCGCCACCGUGCCCAAACCCUUCAACCUAUCUACGGGUACCAAGAAGGAGGUAGAGGGGCCGGGGGCCUAUGUGCCCAUGGCCCAGCAGAUCCUGCAGUUCCAGAAUCGAACCCCCGAUCGCUACCACCUGCGCAGUCGCAAGAGUAUAAACAGAGGGCCCUCGGGAGUGAAGGGGGAUAAGCUGAAACUCACCCAGCCACACACGCCUCACCUGAUGACCCGCCGGAGGAACCGCCCUACCACCACCAAGAGCAGCGCUGAGCUGGAGGAGGAGGAGCUGGAGAAACUGCAGAAGUUUAAAUUCAACGCCUUGGAGCUGAACCGGAAGAUCCUGGAGAGCGCAGAGUGCCUGAAGAGGCCGCCGGUGAAGGAGCCCACGGUGCCCGAAGGCUUCCAGCUGCAGAUCGAGAAGAGGCUCCACGAGAGGCAGACCAAGAAGCCCCAGGAGGCCGAGGAGAAGCCGCACAGCUUCAGAGCCCAGCGCCUGCCCAAAAAGAUCCUGGAGGGAGUAGUGGGGUUGCCAGAGAAGAAGGUUCUGCAGCCGACUGUGCCAGAGUCCCCAGCUUUCCUCCUGAAGAAAAGGGUCCGUCUGGAGAAGGUGGAGGAGGUAAAGCAGCCCUCACCAAUUAAGGCCCCCCCAGUGCCUCAUUUUGGACUCGCCUUCCAGCCGCAGCUUGAGGAGAACCACCACGUGGAGGUGUGUCCUUUCUCCUUUGAAGAGCGGGAUCGAGAGAGGAGGGCCCUGAAGGAGAAAAGGCUGGAGGAGAAGCGCAAUGGAGAGGUGCAUCAGUUCAAGGCCCAGCCGCUGCCACACUUUGACACUGUGGUCCUCCCCGAGAAGAAGAAGCUGGAGCCCACCAAGCCCGAGCUCAAGCUGCUGCUGGACGAGCGGGGAGCGGAGAAGACUAAUCGAUGGGAGCAGAUGGCCAAACAAGAGCAGAAGCGAGAGGAAGCUGCAGUAUUCAAAGCCAGGCCCAACAAUGUCACUCAUAAGGAGCCGUUCCAGCCUAAGAAAGAGCUGCGGGCUCCAGUGGUGGUGGAGGCCUUUGCGCUGUCGACAGAGAGGCGGGCCAACGAGCGCCAGGAGUUUGAGCGUCUGGCCAGUGAGAAGGAGGCUCUCAGGAUGCUGAUGGAGGAGCAGCAGAGACAAGUGGUAGAGCAGAGGGAGAGGGACGAGAUCAACAGGAUGCGGCACGAUCAGGUCCACGCUGCUCAGCCCAUCAGACACUACAAACCUGUGGCUGUGAAGAAGAGUGAAGUCCCCCUCACCAUCCCCCACUCUCCAAACUUCUCUGACCGCUUCCGUCUGUGAUCAGCCGGACUCAGUCACUCUUAUUUAACCGCUUCAGAAGUUGUUCUGACCUUCCCAGUACUGUGUAGAGCGCUGGCUGUACAUUUGAGAUGCCAGAAGCUGUUUUACUGUCUCUUCUUUUUACUUUAGCCACCUGUUGUACAUUCACACUUUCUAUCAAAGUGCUUUGCAAUGAGGUUCAAUGUGUUGCCCACACUUUGUCAUUCCAAGCAGCAUAUUCUGUCUUUUUUGCUUCUUUUUUAUGUCGCUUUUACUAAAUAAAGUUCUGGAAAUGUA